AUGGGCUUCUCACGUCGCCUCACCGCGGCGGCGAUUCUCGCCUUGAGCCUGCCAAUCCAGGCCGCCGCCGCAGACGUAGAGAUAUCCGUCUCGGCCGUGACAUCCGAGAUUGAGUCGGACUGGACGUCCAUCUACUACGGCGAGAAACCUCUGCUGCUCGGCAAUGAUGGCAGCCCUGCCACCGGCGGCUGGCUGGCCUGGAGCCUCGACUCGGCUCUGUCGCUGAACCAGGUCCACGCCGAGACCACGGGUCGGCGGACAAAGGUCGUCACUACCAUCCAUGGCCGCGAGGAUGACGACGACGACGAGGUGGAACGAACCGGCCUCGUCGUCAGCAUUGGCCAACCGGAUUCCAUUCUGCGCGCAUGGGAGUCUCCGGGUUUCGAAGAAGUCGAGUCGGCGCGGACCACGGUGCUUGGAGAUUGGUCAGCCCUCUGCUCCUGGAAGAGCCCGACCGGCAAUGACUAUGUCUAUCUCUUCGGCAAGAAGGAGGCAAAAAUUUUCUUUGUCCACAAGGAUGAUGACGGCGAUUAUGAAGAUUCUAGAUUCGUCGAGAUCCAAACGUUCCCGCUCCCGGUGGAAGCAUCGGGCUGUGCCACCUCUCCCUCCUUGAGCAAGAUGUUUGUCUCAGCCGAUGAUGAUAAGGGCGUCUAUGUUGUUGGCUUGGCCGAGUCUACCGCCGCUCCUGCUAUCAGCAAGAUUGGCGAGGCUGAGGAUGACGUGACAGGGGUUGCAGUCUAUGUCUCCGGCACCGCCGGCCUCGAUUACCUACUUGUGGCGAUGGAAGAUACGGUGGCUGUCUAUGCACCAACUUUCACCUUGCUCGGUAACCUCCAACUGGUUGGCCACAAAGAUAUCGAGAUCCAGGGCCUCAGCAUCUACCAGGGUUCCACCUCUAAAUACCCCAGCGGUGUCCUUGCCUAUGCCAUCGAGUCCGAAGAUAUCACGGGCUUUGGCGUCAGCUCGCUGGACGGUGCCAUCCAAACGCUGGGCUUGAAGGUCAACACCAAGUAUGACCCCAGCGUUGCAGGCAACAAAUCCAACAAAUCGUCGCUCAUUUGCAGCGCCUGUUCCAAGAACGGCUACUGCAACGAGAACGGCAAAGGCAUCGAGUGUUCGUGCUUUGCAGGCUGGCAAGGGAAGACGUGCAAUACCUACACCUGCGAAGACAACUGCUCCGGCCACGGAAAGUGCGCCGGACCCAAUCAGUGCAAGUGUAACGACGGCUGGGGAGGCCUGCAUUGCUCCUUUGUUGUUGUCCGGCCCGUGGCGGAGACAGAAGCCAACGGCGGCGACGGAGAUGAUCCGGCCAUCUGGAUUUCGCCUACCGACCGGAGUCAGUCACGCAUCAUCACGACGACCAAGUCAGAGGAGGGUGCCGGGCUAGGGGUCUUUGAUCUCUCCGGCAAGCUGCUCCAGACCAUCCCAGCCGGCGAACCGAACAACGUCGAUGUCAUCUACAACUUCCAAGCCGGCUCUCGCAAGAUUGACCUCGCAUACGCCGCAUGCCGCGAUGACAACACGCUGUGUCUCUUUGAGAUAACCGCCAACGGCACCCUGGCCACCAUCCCAGGCGGCAGCCAACCGACACCAGACGAGUACGAAGUGUACGGCUCCUGCACCUACCGCUCGCCGACCACCAACAAACAGUACCUCUUCGUCAACGCGAAAUCCUCCCAGUACCUCCAAUAUGAACUCUCCUCCGCCGAGGACGGCAACCUGACCACGACCUUGGUCCGCUCCUUCUUCGCCGGCUCAGGCGGCCAGGUUGAAGGCUGCGUGUCGGACGAGCAGAACGGCUUCGUCUUCAUCGGCGAGGAGCCGCAUGCACUCUGGCGCUACGACGCAGAGCCGACCGACCCCAAUCCGACCGGCGUGGCCGUCGCGACCGUUGGGGACGGCCAUCUGCGCGCCGACGUCGAAGGCGUGACGCUCGUGUACGGCAAGACCAAGGACGAAGGGUUUAUCAUCGUGUCCACGCAGGGCGUGAGCGCGUAUAACGUCUACAAGCGCAAGGCGCCGCACGAGUUUGUCCUGACUUUUACGAUCGCGGCGGGCUGGGGUGGGCGGGUGGAUGCGGUGAGUAAUACGGAUGGCAUCGCGGCCGUCGGGACGGGUUUGGGGGACAAGUUUCCUAAGGGAUUGGUGGUUGUGCACGACGAUGCGAAUGAGCUGGCUGGUGGGAAGGGCACGAGCGCGGAGGCGAGCUUCAAGCUGCUGCCUCUGGAUAAAGUGCUUGGGCCGGAUGUCGUGAAGCAGCUGGGCUUGUUGGACCAGGUGGACAGUAAUUGGGACCCGAGAGCUUUAGGCUGUUUCUAG